GAAUCGUUGGUGAGCUUUCUUGUUUCUGGACCGAGCCAACAUGGAUAUGGGAGGCGGUAGCCGGAUCCCCUACGAUGAUUACCCAGUGGUCUUCCUUCCUCCAUAUGAGAAUCCUCCGACCUGGAUCCCCCCUCAUGAGAGGAUUUACCAUUCGGAUUACAACAACGAGUUAACCCAGUUCCUGCCUCGGACCAUCAUCCUGAAAAAGCCUUCGGGGGCUCAGCUGGGCUUCAACAUCCGAGGAGGAAAAGCUUCUCAGUUGGGCAUUUUCAUCUCAAAG